ACGACACAGYUCCGUCAGAGGAAGAGGAGAAGAGCCAGGCGAGAGGAAGGCACGGACGCUCUCAGGAGCCACACAKGUCUCUGUGAUCGCUGAGGAUCCCUCCAUCCAACAGUCAGGAUGGCUCGGGAUAUGUCAGAUAAAGAAAUCCUGAAAAUGGAACUGGACCAGCUGAAAAAGGAAGUCAGCACGCCGAGAACACCAGUGAGUGCAAACUGCACCGAAACCAUUACUUUUGUUGAAGGACUGCUGCCAAACGACCCGCUGAUAAAGGGCGUUUCAGAUGACAAGAACCCCUACAAGGGAGACAAAGGAGGCUGUGUAGUAACAUAACACAUAAAGGAAAAGUCUCACUGUUWUUGUAUCAUAGCUGCUUCCAUUCACGAUACAUUCUUGUUGCGCUUUUGUGGACUAAAUUAAACAAAGUGAAAAUGUAAUAUUAGCAUCACAACCUGCAGACUGUGUUUAAUCUGUAAAUAAAUGAAAUAGAUGUUCAAACCUG